UGGGUAGUGUCAACCUCCACUGCUUCUCUGGAAUGAAUGACACAUUGCCUAAGAGUGCAGCAGAGCCUCAUGUUAGAACAGCUCCUUCCUAUAAGACAGCCAGCAAAGUUCUUCAGAUCUACUUCAAAGUUCUACUAUGCCCAGAAUUCUAUUCUUCUUAUGGCUGUCAGAGAAUGCUCUUUGCUUUGUUAUUAAUCUCUGCCUUUUGACUCAGUUCUUCUAGACAAAUGUGAUGUCACUGUCUGAAACGACGGCAUAGUUUCAUUUCCAGAUUCACCACAAUGUCUAACGUCUGUCACUCCUCCUGUGUGCUGAUUGGCUAGUUUGACUUGACCGACCACUUCAGCAAUGUCACUUCCUUCCUGAAUGAGUCUCUGAAGGCUAAACUAGCAGCGCAGCAGCCUGGUGAGCAGCAGAGGUGGAUAAUGUCAGUCGUCCUGCUUCGCGGAGGUCAUCAAUGUACCUGCAGUAAUGAAAAACAGGACACAAAUUUGGAACUACAGUCAAAUAGUAGCCUUUGCCUCAGAUAGGACAGUGGAGAGACAGGACACAAAUGUAAAAGAGUGUGCCCUAGCCAGCUGCAACACAUCUGUUGAGUGAGAAGAUAAGUGGAGCUGAAGGAACAAAGCUGGAUGAGGAGUUUAUGGAGAUGGAGAGGAAAAUCGAGGUCACCAACAAAUCAGUAUUCGACCUCCUAUCAAAAACAACAGAAUACCUCCAACCCAACCCAGCCUACAGAGCCAAGCUGGGCAUGCUGAACACGGUGUCUAAGAUCCGAGGGCAGGUGAAGACCACGGGCUACCCUCAGACAGAAGGGCUGCUGGGGGACUGCAUGUACCGCUACGGCCGCGAGCUGGGAGACGACUCUGCCUUUGGGUGCGCGCUGACAGACAUGGGGGAAGCCAUGAGGCAGCUGGCCGACGUCAAAGACUCUCUGGACAUCGGCGUCAAACAAAACUUUAUCGACCCUCUUCAGACACUACAAGACAAAGACCUGAAGGAGAUCACGCACCACCUCAAGAAGCUGGAGGGCCGGAGGUUAGACUUCGACUACAAGAAGAAGCGUCAGGGCAAGAUCCCAGACGAAGAGAUCAAGCAGGCGCUGGAGAAGUUCGACGAGAGCAGGGACCUGGCGGAGAGGAGCAUGUUCAACUUCCUGGAGAGUGACGUGGAGCAGGUGAGCCAGCUGUCAGCGCUGGUGGAGUCUGCGCUGGAAUACCACCGUCAGUCUGCAGAGAUCCUGGAGGAGCUCAGGUCGGCACUGCAGAGCAGGAUAGCCACGACCAGGAAUCGACCCAAGAGAGAGUUCAAACCCAAGUCCAUCAUGAGCACCCUUGAGGCCUUUGAGAAGACCCAGACGAACGGACUGUCAUACCACUCAUCCUUCAAAUCAUCAGACGUCCAGAUCAACCACACAGUAAAUGGAAAAACUGAUGCCUUCAGUUCUGUAUCUCUGUCCUGGCCAGAGACUCCUACCACCAAUGGCCACGAGUCAGAGGUGCUGGACCAACCCUGCUGUCGGUGUCUGUACAACUUCGAGCCCGAGAACGAGGGCGAGCUUGGCUUCAAGGAGGGCGACACCAUCAUCCUCACCAACCAGAUCGAUGAGAACUGGUAUGAGGGCAUGAUCAACGGGGAUUCUGGCUUCUUCCCCAUCAACUAUGUGGAGGUUAUCGUCCCCCUGCCCCAGUGAGGCCAGACCAGCCUCCAGCGCCCAGCCUCCAGCGCCCAGCCUCCAGCGCCCAGCCUCCAGCGCCCAUCGCCUAGCCUCCAGCGCCCAGCCUCCAACGCCCAGCCUCCAGGUGUCUUCAGACCCCAGUCUUAACCUGACACGGAACUCUAUAUUUCAGCCUUCAGAACAGGCCAAAAGACCCUGUCCCAGCCUUCAUCCCUGAUCCUCAUCCUCCAGACCAAUGCCCUUCAGCCCCAAACAUUCAGCCCAGGGACCCUGACUAGAGGCAUUGACUCAUCAAGUCUGAUAGUUAGACCUCACACACAGCAUUCCACAUACUAUACAUGCUCCUGCGCUGGACUUUACCAGAGACAUCCAACAAAAUCAUUGUUAUCAUAUAUAUAUAUUUUUGAAUCUUCUAUUUGAAAAUCAGUAUUCUUGGUUUGAGAAAGGUCCAAACCAAGCUCCCCAAAGAAUGUUCUUUUUCCAAACUUCAACUUAUGAUACUUCGAAGAAACAAAACACGAUAACGAUGCUUGCAGUCUUAACCUAGGAAAGGUCAUCACUUUCAGUUUUAAGAAAUGAUGUUUUACCGCCUUGAGGGAGACAUUUCUGUGGAGGCCUUUCGUCAUACAGCCUGUGGUGUGCAGUAGCCAGUCCUGUAAGUGUCCCCUGGGUUAGGGCAGCCUGAGUCGUAGCUGGGUUCAGGCUGAUCUGUGUUGUACUAUGUCUUUAUAUAUCUGUCUGGUGUGGCCUAACGCUACCUGCCUGCCUGCCUGCCUGCCUGCUGUGCUUUCGACUGUUUCGUCAAACACGUUUAUAAACCCGAGGAACAGAGAAGCUCUCUGAACAUCCCUCUCUUUCUCUCUCUCUAUGUUUACAUGGUCCAACUUAUAGUGACUUUACCACUCGGUAAGGAUCGUACCACCUGAUCUCGUCAGAUGGGGGGGAAUGCCUUACUCGACAGUGUAAAAAGUGCUUUCUCUAUGUCGUCUGUAUUGCACUGAAGCUUCAGAAGAUCUAUCGCACACCUAUGGACAUGCACACCUUACUUGUUCUUGUUUGCUCCUCAUGCGUUGCACUUUCUAUUAGAUGGAAUACUUGUACCAUAUCAGUCAAGUUUGUAAAGUUAUAUCUGGGAUAUUUGUAGUAUACCAUAUAGCCUACCAUAUAGCCUAUCUGGUAUAUACUGUAUAUGUUGACUGAUCUGGACUAGGAUAUAUACAUUGUACUGUAUGACUGUAUCUGCUAUGUGAUGCUAGUCCACCGUUGUAGAUAAUGGACAGCAGAGGUUUGUAGUUUGAUGUUUAAACCUGGGAGUCUGGAGACACAAGCCCCAGAGAUCCCAUGUGGUGUCCAA